AGGCGGGCGCGGCGCCCGGCCACGCCUGCUGGAUGGCGGCCGCGCUGGUCCAGGACGCGGCCGCCAGCGAUCAGGCGCGCCGCCGUCCUGGAGGCACCUGCCGCUUCUUCGCCGCGGCCCGGGCGCCAGCGGAGGAGUGCACCGUGCAGGAGGUGGUGCGAAACCUGGAUGGCGAUCCCAGGCUAAGUGAUGUCCGCCACGUCAGCACUGUGCUUGGCGACAGGAGCUCGCCGCUCAUCACCGUCCGCGACGCCCACGGCUGCACAGGCGCCGGCCCGCCGCAGGCGGAGGUUGUCGGGCCAUCGCCGACGAGGCGUCGCCGCGUUCACAUCGUGGGCGCUUCGGCGCUGGCUCAGGAGGUGAGCGAGGCGGACGAGGUCGUGCAGGUGCCCGCGAGCCAGUGUCUUCCUCCGCCGCAGGCGCAGCAAGCGGCUGGGGAGCGGCUGCGAGCGCUGGCCCCUCAGGA